GGUUGGUUUGGGUUCUUCUUCUUCAAUUUUCCUUGAUAUAUAUCUUCACCGCUUCUGUUUCUAGGGUGGCAUUUUCAGAGAGAAAAGUUGUAGAGAGCGAGAGAAAAAUACCUCUCGCAUUGCAUUGCUUUGCUUGAUUGAUCCAUCGAUCUAUGCUAUCGGCGAAAUUUAGCCGUUGCCGGUUUGAUUUCCUCCGUCCGACUUAGAUUAUGAGCUGGUUUGACAAACUCCGGGGUUCUAAUUGUAGCCGCUUUAUUGCCGGCCUUUUGAUUUUCAUUCUCUAUCAUUCGUUUCAAUUAGUCUCUAAUUUCCCUAAUCCUAUACACCCUUCAAUUUCGAUUUAAGCUUACAUCCCUUCUCUUGUUUUGAUUCGUCUCCUUCCAUAAAUCGUCGGAACCGCGCUUUAGUGUUUCUUUCUCGAUCUUUGUUUUUUCUUGAUUUAGUCCUCGAUGGAGUUCAAAGAUUCGAUUUCUGGCGCUUUUGCAUCGUGUAUUGAGAGACAACAGACUUCCAAACCUUCUGUUAUUGUGAUAGGAAGUGGUAUAUCGGGGAUAGCUGCUGCUCAUGUUCUUAACAAUGCUGAUUUUGAGGUGGUGUUAUUGGAAUCACGUGACAGAAUUGGUGGUCGCAUUCACACUGAUUACUCAUUUGGUUGUCCAGUUGACAUGGGAGCAUCAUGGUUACAUGGUGUCUGCAAUGAAAAUCCAUUGGCCCCACUGAUACGUCAUUUAGGGCUUGCAUUAUAUCGGACAAGUGGUGACAACUCAGUGUUAUAUGACCAUGAUUUGGAGAGUUACAUGCUUUUUGACAGGGAAGGUCAUCAAGUUCCUCAACAGAUUGUCAUUGAAGUUGGAGAAGCAUUCAAGAAAAUUCUCAAGGAGACUGAAAAAGUCAGGGAUGAGAAUCAACAUGAUCUUUCGGUUCUCCAGGCUAUAUCAGUAGUAUUGGAAAGACAUCCAGAAUUAAGACAAGAGGGACUUGCUUAUGAAGUGUUGCAGUGGUACAUCUGUAGAAUGGAAGCUUGGUUUGCUGCAGAUUUAGACAUGAUUUCUCUAAAGAACUGGGAUGAGGAACAUGUCCUCACUGGUGGGCAUGGGCUUAUGGUGGAAGGUUAUUAUCCCGUGCUCAAGGCCCUAUCAAAAGAUAUUGAUAUCCGUUUAAAUCACAGGGUUACAAGGAUAUGGAACGGGCCCACAGACGUGAUGGUGACAGUUGAUGGUGGAAGUACAUUUGUUGCAGAUGCGGUGAUUGUGACAGUUCCUAUAGGGGUAUUAAAGGCAAACUUAAUUGAAUUUGAGCCAAAGUUACCAGAUUGGAAGGUUUCUGCUAUAUCAGAUCUUGGAAUGGGGAAUGAAAAUAAGAUCGCCUUAUGUUUUGAUCAUGUGUUUUGGCCAAAUGUUGAAUUAUUGGGUACAGUUGCCCCAACAUCGUAUUCCUGUGGGUAUUUUCUUAAUCUACACAAAGCAACUGGCAACCCUGUUCUUGUUUAUAUGGCUGCUGGGAGAUUCGCUUAUGAUCUUGAGAAGCUCUCAGAGGAAGAUGCUGCCAAGUUUGCAAUGGUGCAGCUUAAGAAAAUGUUUCCAGAAGCAACCGAGCCUGUUCAAUAUCUGGUAUCGCGUUGGGGAACGGACCCAAACUCCCUGGGAUGCUACUCGUAUGACGUGGUGGGGAAGCCGACAGAUAUAUACGAAAGGCUUCGUGCUCCGUUGGGUAAUCUGUUUUUCGGAGGUGAAGCGGUUAGCAUGGAAAACCAGGGAUCUGUUCAUGGAGCUUACUCAUCUGGAGUCACGGCUGCUGAGAAAUGCAGAAAGCUUGUCAUGGAGAGACGUGGUUUUUUGGAGAAGUUCCAAAUUGCGUCUUUUAGCACUGCCAUUCUUGAAGCCGCCUUUCCCCUACAAAUAUCCAGGAUGUGAGAAACGGAAAACACUCUUGAAUCUUGAUGUUGAAAACCGUUAUGUUAUGUUAUGUUUCAUUUUUUUUGUAUGACUUGGAACGUUUAAGACUUCUUUUUAAAUAAAUUUGGUUCGAAUAGGAGUUCAACUAA